AUGACUGUCAGUGAUGUUCAGUUCAAGUUGGGAGGCAGACAUAUCACCUUUAUAUGGGUGAAGAACAAAGUGGUUCAAGCAACGUACAUUUUCUACACCUUUGAUCAGAGUCUGUUGGUCAUUGUUUGUGUUCUGGAGCCAGACAAACGGGUCAUCGUUGCACUGCUGAUGAGGAGCCUCACACAUUGCAUGAAAUCUCUAAAUCUCUGAGUGGUCAGCGUGGAGGCUACAUGUGACUGAAGGACUAAAUUAGAAUGCUGGCCAUCUUUGGAAUCCUGCUGAUGUGCACAGGAGCUGCCAUGGGUUUGCUGUCCAUGAACCCUGUUUGUAGAUUUACUCAGAGUGAUCCAUGUUAUGGAGCUGUGGGACGACCGCUGUACCUGCAGCUGCCAUCUGAGUAUGAAUUAGACUUAAGAAAGCGCUACAGUGGAACCGCUUCUAGUCGCAUUUUUAGAUAUAGAAACCCAUUAAUCACACAUCACCAUGCAGAUUAUCCAAGAUGGGAGUUUGUUGCUGAUAAAAUAAUUAUAAUAAUCAGCAGUGCAGAGAAAAGAGACGCAGGAGGAUACACUUUAGAAACAUUUGAUUCAGCAGGGAUGUCAAAAGGUGUUUAUCGUCUCCAGCUGGUUAUUGAAGAAACAACAACUCAUACAAUGCCCACCACAGCAGCAUCUGUCUCUGCAGUGACCAGUGCAGUGACCAGAUGUGGACAGAUGACACAUUUGGAUACCAGUUUCAAGGUGUUUGUGUCAGUGUGGCUCUUUGAGAUCAUCAUCCUGCUGUCCCUGUUAGUUGGAGCGUUUUACAUCUACACCAGAAUCUACAAGAAACAGAGAGCAGCUGUGGAACUGCGGUCAGAAACAGACCACUGUUGAAGAGGAUGCUCCUAGGUAAGAAACAAGAGGUGGAGGAGGUUCUGUAGACCGAUCUGGGCCAAGAAGAGAAGGAGGUCAUCAUGAAAGGAGAGGAGGAGUCACCAUCACACCAUCCAUCACACACAGUCUAAACCAUCAGCAGAAGAAUAACUCGGCUAAGAAGAAUGUAGGUUUUGGGAAUAUGUUUGUUGAAAUCUGCUACAUAACAUUGAUGUAGCCAUGCAAUAAACAUAUUACCAUUACCAAUAACAGUCAUGAGGUGUUAUGAUAUUCAAAGCAAUAACAAAACAAGGCAAAAAAAAAAACACACACAUGAAAAAUUGUCAUGCACAUCUAAUUAAGUGACUUCUAUUAGUGCUUCAAAAGCUGUGAAGUCUUAGACAUGUUAGAUAAACUUUUGGCCUAUCAUGGUUUGAUUUCCAGUGUUUGGGGGGUGAUUUUAUGAGUCAUAUUAGGCCUUCUGGAAGUCCCCUCACUGACAGUGAGGUAUGAGUUCUAGCCUAAUCAGUGAGUUUGUUAGAAAUUGAAAACAUUGGUGGCAGCUCUAAAUGAGAGCUCACUACUGAAAAGUCACUAUAAAACUGCUACAUGAUCAACGUUUUUGAUCAUUUAAACCUUGUAGUUUUGAAGAUGUAGAUGUAGAUGUUAAUGUGAAUCACCAUUCGCUUAUCGCUAACAGCAAGAAUCCCAUAUAGACAUGGUGGAAGUGAAUAUUAUUUCAGCUGUUUUAAAUGCGUUCAGGGAUCAGAUACAUGAACCAAUCCUGAUACUGUAUAAAGUGAGAAAUCCAUAUAUUAAUCUGCAUGAUGCUAAGUUUUAAAGCAUUACAUGGAUUAGCACCAACAUACGUAAUGUACUGCCGGUCUUUGUUCAUUCUUUGAGGUUCAGCAAUGCAGCCUUUCUUAAACCAGUACAAGUUAAUUUCAUAAGUGAAGAAGUGCUGAGGCACCUUUUAUUUUUGUGCAUCAGCAAGAACAUUCUAAUUUAAAUUAAACAGUACACAACAUCAGUACAACAUAUCAUUUCAAGAAGGGACUGAAAAAAUAUUUUUGUCACCUUCAUUUUCACGAUUCUAUUGCUUGUUUCUUACUUUUUGUACAAAGAUGAUGGCAUUUAUUUUUUAUAGCGAUUUUUAUUUUUAUAGUCCUAUUUCUAGACAUGCAUAUUAAUUGUUUUAUUACUGCUAUUAUCAUACUGUUAUUGGUAUCAUUAUUGUUUUUUCUUUUUAAUGUUACUACUACAUCUUCAGGUAUGUUUCUUGUUUAAUUGUUCUUUUUAUUUUCUUGUCUAUGUUCAUGUGGUCUUAUUCAAAAAUACACCUUGUGAAGGACUUUAAGCUGCAUUCAUGUGGUGCUUUAUAAAAAAGCUUAUUAUUAUCAUUAUUUUAAGUAAAGCUAAUUAUAGUUAAGCAGUGCAGUAAGCCAUAAGAGGCUGUGCAUUACUGAGUUUUUACACAGUUAAGGGAUGUUGUUAGGCAAUAUGAAGUGAGUAAAAUCCCCUUAAACAUGAUAAAAUCCCCGUGACAACACUACCUCGAGUGGCUUAAUGUGUUCAAAUAAGUUAAGUAAUAUUGUAUUUAAAAUGUUUUACUACCCAAUACGCCAAUUUUCAGCUAAUAAUUCAUUAUUAAUCAUUUUUGCAAAAGCAAAUUCUCUUUUGUGUUUAAUAUGUUGAACAUAUUGGUUUUGUCAUUCUCUUGUUUCUGCUCUGUGUAGCUUUACUGCUAAACAGGAUUCCAUGCAAUAAUGCCGUUGUAACAGUCAUGUCAAUAAAGCUUUUAGAUUAAACAGUGUA